GUCAUUUCUGAGAUUGUUAAUUUUUGUGUCGCGCAUUAUUUGUCGUCUCGUUGACUUGUUUAGGUUAAAUAAAUUAAUGACUGCAAUAAACAAAAUAUAUUUUUGGUCUGAAUAGAAACAAAAUCAACAUCAUACAAUGGAUGUUUUCUUGAUGAUAAGAAGAAAAAAGCUAACGAUUUUCACCGAUGCCAAGGACACGACCACGGUUUUAGAACUAAAAAAAAUUAUUGAAGGUAUUUUGAAAGUUCCGCCACAAAAUCAGCAACUAUUUAAUAAAGACAACACAGUAAUGGAUGAUUCUAUGCUACUCUCUGAUUAUGGUCUGACUUCUACUACUGCCAAAGCUCAAAGUCCUGCAACUGUUGGUCUUGCUAUAAAAGAUGAUAAUGGCGAAUUUGAAGCACUGGAUCUAAUACCAUACUCAGCCCCUCCAGAUCUACCAGAUGUAAUGAAAUCUCAAGAAAAUAAUGGCCAGGAACAGUCCUCUUGAACUAACUGUACAAAACUUCAAUUUUUAUACAUCAUUGUUUUGCUUUACACACAUCGAAUCCUCAACUACUUUUUGUUAAAUUCUGAGCUGAUGUUUUUUUUUAAAUGUAAUUUAUUUUAAGGACCUGCACACUUAUUUGAGGUGUUGAUAUUUAAUAGGUAAUGAUGAUAUAGGUUGUGCUUGUUUUUGGUUUUUCAAUUUUUAGGCUUAAACCCUUGUUACCAUUUUAUUUAAAAUGUUACUAAAAUGACUUCUCAAAGGUAGGUAAAAAGAUAAUUAAUCAGGCAAUUCUUGUAAUGCUUGGUAUAUUAUCCAAAAUUGGUAAACGAUCUUUUUUAAAUGUACUUAUAAAUUAUAUACCAAAUAGUGUUUUGAAGUCUUUUUAAACCCUGGUAUGUUCAGCUUUCAGUAAAAAGUAUUUAACAGAUGUUUAUCCAAGGUAUUGGGAAACAUUUUGUAGAAAAUAGAAAUAUUAUUGUGAACUCGUUAACCAACUUGAUUACAAUUUACAAUAACAUAACUGUUUUGCUGGAUUCUCACACCACUCUUUGAGUAAUCUACUUUUCUUUCAUUUUAUUCAGGGUUCAAAUAAAUCAAUUAAAGUCAUGAUUCAAA